AUGUCUUGCGAUUUAUUGCUGUCUGAGACAGCUGUGAUAUUAUACCUGCUUGGUAGUUCUGGCCAUAUGCACCUGCCAAAGCCUUCGUCGGCUUCCUACUCUUCAGCCUUAGCAUGGCUUGCAACUCUUGAGCAGGAUCUCUUUUACUCCCGUCGCCCCUUCCUUGUUUAUCAAACCAAACGCUUCCAGAUUGAUGUACGAAAUGCUUAUGUUCAACAUGAGGCUUGUAAUUAUUUCUUCAAAAUGGUUUCAUUCUACAGUCAGCAGGUAACGGUAGCAGUCCUAUCCUUGGCGGUGGCGGCGUGGGCGGUUCCUCAGGAGGGCUACAACUACCCGAAGCCCGGAGACGUAGCACUCUCUUCCGGAUCCGCUACGGGAGGUGGUCAGGUUUCUUCAGGGUCCGGUCAGUUCUCGGCCGGGGCGGGACAAUAUGCGUCCGGAUCAGGACAGUUUGGAACCGGAUCGGCGGGGCAGUUCGGAACCGGGUCGGGACAGUUCGGAACCGGAGGUGGACAAUUCGGAACCGGAAGUGGACCAGCACAGUAUCCGUCUGCCCCCGCCCAGUACACCUUCCAGUGGGACGUCAACGAUCAGCUGUCGGGGAACUUCUACGGUCAUCAAGAACAGAGGGAGGGUGCUAAUACCCAGGGGAAGUACUACGUGCAAUUGCCUGACGGUCGCCGCCUCGUGGUCGAGUACUUCGCCGACAGCACGGGCUACCACCCCACCAUCACCUUCGAAGGAGAGGCGCAGUUUCCCUCAGGGCCAUCUCAAGGGGCAGGAGGUCAGGGCUACGGCCAAGGCGGAGUACGACCGGGCCAGGGCUUCCCCCAGACUGGACCAUGGCCAAAUCAAGGCGUAGGAUCUGGCCAGGGUCAGUCUCCUUCACAGUCCUAUCUACCUCCCUCUAAGUAAAACGAACGAAGGAAUGGUCGCAUUACAAUUAGGCAAGUAACUACUAAAU